AUGGCAGAAAAUUCCAAUCUUGAGAUAGUAUCAGCUUCGUCCGAUCAAGUCGAAUGGAUCAUUUCUAUGGCUAGGAAAGAAGGAUGGAAUCCUGGUGAUAAUGAUGCAAUCGCAUUUCAACAAGCUGAUCCCAGUGGAUAUUUUAUUGGCCUUAUCAAUGGUAAGCCGGUGUGUUGUGUAGCUGGAAUAAAAUUUAAUCAUAUUGCUAUUAUUGGAUACUAUGUUGUUGUCAAAGAACAUCGUGGUCAAGGUCAUGGCAUGAGAAUAUUUCAACUUUCAGUGAACUACUUGAAUGGAUAUAAUGUUCGAGUCGAUGGACUACUAAUUCAUGCACCUAAAUAUCAGAAUUCUGGUUUUAAAAUAGCUCAUGUCAAUGUUCGAUAUACAAGAGCUGUGGAUAAUAGUACAAUAUCUUGUCCCUUCGUUUGUACAGCUAGUAGUUUACCAUUCGAUAAAAUUCUGCAAUACGAUGCACGAUUUUAUGCAGAUGAGAGAAAACACUUUUUAGCAGGAGGAUCAAUGCUGGAACAACAGAUUGCUUAG